GAUACAUUGAUGUCAUUGAUGUAUAUAUAGAUCACGUGGUGUUUGAACACGACUUCCGUUUCAAUUCUUUUCAAUUGAAGUACUCUAACAGUGAAGUCGUGUCCAAAAACAACCGGCGCUUAACAUGUCAUCAAAUCGUCUCUAUACUUACGACAACAAUUGGCGUGCAUUUAAAGCCCUGAUUGCCAGUCAAUAUAGCGGCCAAUCCGUCGAUGUAGUCAAAGACUUCAAGUUGGGUCAGACCAACACUCAACCGGCUUUUCUCCAGAAGUUCCCAUUAGGAAAGGUUCCGGCACUCGAAACAACCGACAAAAGCGCCUUAAUUGAGAGCAAUGCUAUCGCUUACUACCUGUCGAAUGACCAGUUGAAGGGAAAGACAGCCUUAGAUCAAGCUCUUGUAAUUCAAUGGCUCAGUUUUGCCGACAAUGAGAUUCUUCCGGCCGCUUACGCCUGGGUGUUACCCUCGUUAGGUGCCAUUCAGCCCAACAAACAGGCCAUCGAACGGGCAAAGACUGACAUUAACAAGAUUUUAGACUAUUUAAAUGGACACCUCUUGACGCGUACCUAUUUGGUGGGCGACAGAAUCACUUUGGCUGACAUUGUUGUCUUUGUCAGUCUUUUACAAGUCUUCCAAUACGUAUUGGAACCGUCACAACGUUCUCCAUAUGCUAAUGUCAAUCGUUGGUUUCUUACACUCUCUAAUCAGCCACAAUUCAAGAAAGUCUUAGGCAAUGUUAAACUUUGCGACAAAGCAGUCACCGCUGAUACUGCCCGUACUCAAAAAAAGAGUGAAAGCGAGUCGAAGAAGGGGAAAAAAGAAGAGAAGAAAGCAGCCAAACAACAACAGGAAAAGACUAAGAAAGCAGAGCCUAAAGCAGAUCUCGGAGGCGAUGAAGAUGAAGACGACGGUCUCUCUCUUGAACCGAAAGCCAAAGAUCCGUUCGAAGCAUUUCCCAAAGGAACAUGGGUUAUGGAUGAUUUCAAACGAUUUUACUCCAACAAUGAUACCGACAAAUCGAUUCCCUAUUUCUGGGAAAAGUUUGAUAAACAAAAUUACUCGAUUUGGUUCUGUAAUUAUAAAUACGCCGAUGAGUUGACUAUGGUUUACAUGAGCUGUAAUCUAAUCGCUGGAAUGUUUCAACGAUUGGACAAAAUGAGAAAAAACGCUUUCGGAAGUAUGAUUCUGUUCGGUGAUGACAACAAUAGUACGAUAUCUGGUAUAUGGGUUUGGAAGGGAAGCGAACUGGCCUUUACAUUGUCACCUGACUGGCAGGUAGACUACGAAUCGUAUGAAUGGAAAAAACUGGAUCCGGAUGACGCAAAAACUAAGACAAUGGUUAAGGAGUACUUCGAAUGGGAGGGCGGUUUCGAUGGCAAGAAGUUUAAUCAGGGAAAGAUUUUUAAAUAAAUUAAUAAUAAUAAUGAUAUAAUUGGAUGUAUUGGACUAAUUAAUUAAUAAAAUUGAUUUUAAUGUUUUUAA